AUGUCUGGAUGGUUCUCCUCUGGAACAUCUGCUCUCGACGAGCAGAUCGAGAAGGCAACUUCCUCCAGCCUGGAAGACAUCGCCACCAGCCUCGAAAUCUCCGACUUGAUCAGAUCCAAGACAGUGCAGCCUAAAGAUGCCAUGCGGUCGUUGAAGAGGCGGAUAGACAACAAAAAUCCCAACGUCCAACUUUCAGCCUUGAGGCUAACAGACACAUGUGUUAAAAAUGGCGGAUCCCAUUUCCUGACCGAGAUUGCCUCGCGCGAGUUCAUGGACAACCUUGUCUCUCUGCUGAAAGCAUACGGAGCGGCUGCCGUCAACGAGGACGUCAAGCAACGGAUUCUUGGGCUGAUCCAGACCUGGGCUAGUGCUACACAAGGCCGACACGACCUGUCCUAUAUCAGCGAGGUCUACAAGAGUCUGCAGAGCGAAGGCUUCAAGUUCCCGCCCAAGGUUGAGAUAUCCAGUAGCAUGCUAGACAGCAGUGCACCGCCCGAGUGGACAGACAGUGAUGUAUGCAUGCGUUGCAGAACAGCAUUCACUUUCACAAACAGGAAACACCACUGCAGGAACUGUGGCAACGUCUUUGACCAGCAAUGCUCCUCCAAAUCCAUUCCUCUCCCGCACUUGGGAAUCAUGCAGCCGGUUCGGGUCGACGAUGGGUGUUACGACAAGCUGACCAAGAAGCCUGGCGGUUCCGAGCGUCGAGUCUCCUUUGCCCCUAAACCUACUACCAUGCAACCGCGAAGUGCAAGGAUUGAAACAAGUAGUUUCGAUGAAGACCUGAAGAAGGCGCUGGAAAUGAGCUUGGAGGAGGUCAAGGGCAUAUCAAGCUCGGGUUAUGUCUCUCAGACACAGCCCAAGACAGAACCAACAAAGCCAAAUGGCGUGUCCAUUGAAGAAGAGGACGAUCCUGACCUCAAAGCCGCAAUAGCUUUGUCUCUUAAGGAGGCAGAAGAGCAGGCCAAGAAACAUGCUGCGUCGAUGAAGAAGUCAGCCCAUGAUGGAGCGAGCUCGACUCAACCGUUCGUCAUGCCCAAGAACGAUUAUGAGCUGUCGGUGAUGGAAGCUGAAAACAUUCAUCUGUUCGCCACGCUGGUUGACCGGUUGCAGCAUCAGCCUCCAGGAACGAUACUCAGAGAGCCGCAAAUCCAAGAACUCUAUGAAAGCAUUGGAAAGCUUCGGCCCAAACUGGCCAGGACUUUGGGCGAGACAAUGUCGAAGAAUGAUGCGCUGCUCGAUCUACAUGCUAAGCUGUCCACUGUCGUACGAUAUUAUGAUCGGAUGCUUGAGGAGAGACUAAACAAUACAUACAACCAGCGGAAUCCCGGUUAUGCAGCCUACGGGAUGUCCUCGCCUGCUCUACCCCAAGGCCCAGGGAUAUACCCAUCGCUAGCCCCCUCAGGACCACCCCCGAUGAUGAAUCCCGGCCAAGCAGAAGCGGAGAACUAUUACUUCAACAGUGCCCCUGUUGAAGCCUACUCUCGAGCUCCACAGCAGGGGUCAAUGCCGCAACCGCAACCACAGUUACAACCACAACGAUCGUAUUCAUAUUCAAGUCAGCCACAGGAAACGUCAGCUUCGCCAUAUCAAUAUGCAACCCAACCGCCGCCGCAACAGCAGCAGCAGCAGCAGCAGCCUGCUCAAUUCGGCCAACCCCCCUCACCGGAGGCGUUUCAACAUCAACUCACGCAGCCAUAUCCACCUCAAUCGUCGCAACCCCCGUCGAUAUAUCCCCAGAUAUCAUCUCCGGAUCCCCAGCAGACUCCUACACCGUAUUCUCAGAUGCCACAAUUGGCUCCCGAGGCUCCGACUACGGCGCCACAAUACCAACUUCCGCCCCAGCAGACUCCACAACCGUUCCAACAACCGCCUCCUCAGGCUCAACCUCAAUCUCAGACUGUAGCGUACCCGCAACAACAACAAUACCCACCGCAGCAGCAGCCGCAACAGGCCCAACAGAAACAGCAGCCACAACCCAUGCCCUCUUAUAGCCCAUACCCGACCUACACGCCAGACCAAUUCCCCCAGGCCCCGCAACAUGCACCGACCUACGAUCAACCACAGGCUCAGCCUCAACCAGUCGCUGUCGAGGAGAGUCUGAUCGAGCUGUAG